GUGGAUUUUAUGGACAGGUGAAGUCAGUUGUUUCCGCCGGGUGAGGGUGGCUAGGGAAAGGGAUUUGAGCGAGAGGCGGCGUCGCAAUUUAGGGCAAAAGGUUGAAAGACUCUAUUCCGCCAGAAGCGGACCUUUGCUGGUGCUAUAUGGAACCAGGUUUGGAUAGUGGCAGUCACAGCCUGCUCGGAAUCUCUGUUAAAUUGUGCCCUCGUCUUUACCGCUUUUCCCAGCCUCUGCUUUGCAGUUCCAGCGUUGUAUAAAUAAUUGAAUAAGCACCAUUAUUUUUUGGACCUGACUGGUGUAUAAUUUCAGAAGAAAUAAUGGAAAACCAGGAAUUUAUUGUACUGUAUACUCAUCAAAAGAUGAAGAAGUCAAAAGUAUGGCAAGAUGGAAUUCUGAAGAUCACUCACUUAGGAAACAAAGCAAUUUUAUAUGAUGACAAAGGAGGAUGUUUGGACAGUAUAUUUCUUAAGUGCCUUGAGGUGAAGCCUGGAGAUGACCUAGAAAGUGAUCGAUACUUAAUCACAGUUGAGGAGGUUAAAGUUGCUGGAAACAUAGCUGUUAAACAGGAUGUCAUUAAGGAAGCAUCAGAGUUAAAUCCAAGGAGAUUAAUAUCCUCUGGCCGGUCCCUUGGAUGUCAGCCUGCUGGUCUAAAAAGAAAGUUUACUGGUUUUCGAGGACCACGUCAAGUGCCAAAGAAAAUGAUUAUUACAGAAAAUGGUGAAUCCACAGAGUCCAUUGAGGCUAAGAAACCUGGCCCUAUUUUUCUUUCUCCCUUCUAUAGCACACCUCCUUUGUUUUCUAUUGCUGGCAAGAAAGAUAUAAAUAAUAUGCCAAGCGGCCCUGAGAACAGUGUCACUUACAAAGACAGAGAGACAAAUGGCUUACAUUUUUCUUCGGUUGUCUCUACUCCAUCCUUCAAGAAUAACCCAGAAAUGAAAUGUGAAGAAAAUUAUUUUUGCUCUCCUGUCUAUUCUGUAAAUAAAUAUUUAGAUUCUGCACUGACCAGUGAGAACUUAAAAAAAGAUGGUUUGACCUCUCACUGUUUAGGAGUUUCACAAAACAUCAGAAGCAAAGCACAGAUAUUAGCUCUUCUGAAGUCCAAAUCAACUGGUACAUUUGAAGAACUAAAUUCUGGGACUACAGAAUAUCUACCUCAGAUACAACUACAAGGAAGUGUAAACAUUCCUAUUAAACCAAAGUGCAUAGUUGAACAAGAAGAGUGUGCUGAGACGAAAAGCACAGACAAUUCACACCACCAGCAUCAAUCAGAAAAUACCAUGAGAAAUAAAAGCCGAUGGGCCAUGUAUUUAUCCUCCCAGAGCUCACCUGUACAUUCUUCUAGUGAAGAUGGAAAUAAUAUAGAAAGGAAACCAAAGGCCCAGGGAGACAAUACAAAUUUAGAUUUGAAAGACCUUUUGGUACAAGAAAGGAUACAGGUCUCUGAAACAUGUGCUGAAAAGGGUAAAAAGUAUAAUGAAGUCAAGCCAGUAGAUGAUAGUGAUCAGUUAUUGGAUCAGGAAGUAAAAUUGGAAAUUCCUUCAUUCUGUAAAAGCAACAGCUUACCAGUUACUUGUAGCAGUGUGGAGUGUGAUGGCUUAUUAUCAGAAUAUGACAUUAAAAAGAUUAAUAAGAUACCUGUUAGUCAAAAUGACCAGAUGUGUUUAAAAGGAUCAACUCUCAGUAGAGAAAAUGCUCAGGAGGUAAAGAAGUAUGAACGGCCAAUCUCAUUCCUGCCAGAAUCUGGACAUCUGCAAACUGAGUCUUCUAUAGCUAACAAUUCUAGGAUCUCUGAUGACUUUACCAACGUGCUUUCUAAAAGUAAUACUGAUAUUGGAAAUCAUAACAGUAUUCCUGAACCUAUGAGUAAUGUAACACAGCCACUUGUGGAGGUGAGUUUUAAUCUGAACAAUUUUGAAACCAGCGACACUGAGGAGGAAUCACAGGAAGACAACAAAAUUUCCCAGGAUUCAGAGGGUUGGGUAAAGGAAACUUUGGUUAAUGACAGCAGUUCAAGUGUUCAGAAGAGAUGUGAAGAUACAAGCUGUAAGAAAGUUGGCAGUGAACAUUUGUCUCUUUUAACAUCUAUUGGGGAUAAACGUACAGAGACAUUUCCUAUUAAGGAGACUCUGCUGUCAGAGUUUUGUGAUAAAGCUUGCGUAGGUGUUGACAGAGAACCUUGGAAAACUGGAAACGUUAGAAAAGAAAUAGAAGAGUGUAGUGAUCUAUUAAGCAGUUUUGACUCCUCUUUAGAGGGGACUGAUGAUGUAUCUCUAGAUAAUAAUGAAAAUGCUAAUAAAUCUAUUCAAAAAGUCAGAAUUAACUAUGAUAAUGCUUCACUACAGAAUAAAUCUAAAGAUAUAAGCUCAAAUAUACAUAUUCCUUGUUUAAACAUAGCCACUGAUCAGACUCCUAAAAACAGCCCAUUCUCAGAACAGGCUGAGCCUCAGCCUUUUAUUAUGGGAAGUAACUUAGACAAAAAUGAUGAAUGGCUUUUACUGUCAACGUCAAGCAGCGACAUCAGUAUCCAAGAAUUAAAUGUUAAUCAUAAUCACUCUGAAGAAUGUGUUGCUCUUGAUAAAUCAAGUACCCAAGUUUCUAAUUCUUUGUUUUACCCUCUGGGAAAAAAGCAUCCUAUUUCCAAAGACCUGGAAGCAUAUAUUCCUGAAUCUGAAGAUUUGCGAAGGAUUAGAAGUUUAGACCAUGACCAUGUUGAAGUAGAAACUGAUGGAGAAAGCAAACAAUAUUGCAGUAGUCCUAGAAAUCCUUCAGAACUCUCUGGAUUAGUAAAUAACAUUUCCAUUUUAAAGUCAUUGUCUGAACACAGUACGGCUUUAGAAGGCUUGGAAAUAUUGAAAAAGAAAAGUACUACCUUUAAACAACAAGAAACUCUGAGCCAGAUGACUGAUGAACCAGAUAACAAUCCUGAAGUUAGGAAACCAUUGACUGCAGGAGUUUUACAAGCUUUACCAAAGUUGCCUCAUCUGAACCAGGAUUCUCAACAGAUCAUAAAAGAAAAUGAAGUUGAACCAAGUGAACCACUUCAGUCUUGGCAGAUCUUUUCCUUGGGAGAUGGAGAAACUGCUUUUCUAGAUGUUAUCCCUAAACAAUUAGAGAGAAAAACCUGUGACCCUAAGCCUGUUGAGUUUCAAGGGCACCAAGUGAAAGGAUCAGCUACUAGUGCUCUGAUGGUCAGAGGACACAGCUCACAGCUAGAAUGCGGUCAGUUUCCAGAUAGUAUUGAGUAUGAAAACUACAGGACAGACACUUGUUUAUUGACACCAAAAUUGACUAGUGCUUGUAUGCAGAUUGAUUUCUUGCAGUUCCCAGAUGAAGAAAACUUUCCAAAAGGAGGUAUUGGCUUUCAUAUUGAAGAUAAUUUUCAAGUGAGAGCUGAGUCUAAUAAGAACUCAAUUGAAAAUGACUUUAUUUUAGAUUUCUCUCCUAAAAAUUCAGAACGUUCAUAUCAUUAUUUGGAUUAUAAUUUUAAAUCAGCAGAGAAGACUUCAUGGGAAGGAAAUAAGGCGAUAUCACCAGAACAAAAGAUCUCUACAUUAAACCCUGUUUCUACUUUUACUUUGAACUCAAGAAAUGAAGACUUUGUGCUGGAAUUCUCUGAGGAGUCCCUGAAAGAAAGAACUUUACCUGUUAUCAAAAAAUCCAGUUCUCUGGAGAAUAAGAACUUUCAAAAGCUUCCAUUAGAGAUAAAUGGCUCUGAGCUAUGCUUCCCAAGUGGACAGAAAAUAAAAUCUGCUUAUCUUCCCCAAAGGCAAAUUCAAAUACCAGCUGUUUUUCAGUCUCCUGCUCAUUAUAAGCAGAUUUUUACAUCUUGUCUCAUAGAACAUCUAAAUAUAUUGCUGUUUGGCUUGGCACAGAGGUUACACAAAGCUCUUUCAACAGUUGACAUAUCAUUUUACACAUCAUUAAAGGGAGAGAAACUGAAAAAUGUAGAAAGUAAUGUGCCAUUCUGCCAUCAUCAUCAACCUGCAAAACUUGUAAUGGUUAAAAAGGAUGGUCCAAAUAAGGGCCGUCUCUUUUAUACCUGUGAUGGACCCAAAGCUGAACAAUGUAAAUUUUUCAAGUGGCUUGAAGAAGUGACCCCAGGAUAUUUAACACAAGAAGACUCUCUACCUACCAUGGUUUUAAGUGAUAUAAAGAGUAUUGGCCUAUACUUAAGAAGUCAAAAGAUACCUCUCUUUGAGGAAUGCCAACUUUUGGUGAGAAAAGGAUUUGAUUUUCAAAGAAAACAGUAUGGCAAACUAAAGAAGUUUACUACUGUAAAUCCUGAAUUUUAUAGUGAACCUAAAAGCAAACUUUAUCUUAAGCUGAGUCGGAAGGAAAAUUCUUCAAAUUAUAGCAAAAAUGAUCUUUGGGUGGUAUCAAAAACCCUGGACUUUGAAUUGGAUACUUUUAUUGCAUGUAGUGCUUUCUUUGGGCCAUCAUCUAUCAAUGAAGUGGAGCUUCUACCUUUGAAAGGUUAUUUCCCUUCUAACUGGCCCACUAAUGUGGUGGUCCAUGCAUUGUUGGUUUGUAAUGCUAGCACAGAGCUGACCACUUUGAAAAACAUUCAGGACAACUUUAAUCCAGCUACUCUACCUCUAACACAGUAUUUGUUAACAAUGUCUUCAUCAACUACAGUUAGCAACAAGAGAGUCAAUAAGAGAAAUUUUAUCCCACCAGCCUUCUCAAACGUCAGCACAAAAUUUGAACUUCUCAGCCUAGAAGCAACAUUGAGGUUAGCUAGUGCAUUAAUUCAGGCACACAAUUUAAAUAAGGAUCAAGCUACAGCUUUAAUUCAGAUAGCUCAAAUGAUGGCAUCCCAUGAAAAUGUUGAAGAAGUGAAGGAACUGCAAAUCCAUACCCUCCCUAUCACGAUUAUACAUGGUGUUUUUGGAGCAGGAAAGAGUUAUUUGCUGGCAGUGGUGAUUUUGUUUUUUGUACAGCUGUUUGAAAAGAGUGAAGUUCCUACAGUUGGAAACGCAAGACCAUGGAAACUUCUCAUUUCUUCUUCCACUAAUGUAGCUGUGGACAGAGUACUUCUUGGGCUUCUCAGUCUUGGCUUUGAAAAGUUUGUCAGAGUUGGGAGUGUCAGGAAGAUUGCCAAGCCAGUUUUACCUUAUAGUUUGCAUGCUGGCUCAGAAAGUGAAAAUGAACAACUGAAAGAACUACAUGCACUAAUGAAAGAAGACUUGACUCCUCUGGAAAGGGUCUAUGUCAGAAAAAGUAUUGAACAGCAUAAACUGGGGACCAAUAAAACCCUGCUGAAGCAGGUACGAGUAGUUGGAGUUACCUGUGCAGCCUGCCCGUUCCCAUGCAUGAAUGAUCUUAAAUUUCCUGUAGUUGUGCUGGAUGAGUGUAGUCAGAUAACUGAACCGGCCUCUCUCCUUCCUAUUGCAAGGUUUGAGUGUGAAAAGCUGAUUCUUGUUGGAGAUCCCAAACAGCUUCCUCCUACUAUUCAGGGUUCUGAUGCAGCUCAUGAAAAAGGAUUGGAACAAACUCUUUUUGAUCGGCUUUGCUUAAUGGGGCAUAAGCCAGUUCUGUUGAGAACCCAAUACCGUUGUCACCCUGUGAUCAGUGCUAUCUCUAAUGAUCUGUUUUAUGAAGGAAACCUCAUGAAUGGCAUUUCAGAAACAGAGAGGAGCCCUUUAUUGGAAUGGCUCCCAACCCUGUGUUUCUAUAACGUUAAAGGACUGGAACAGAUUGAAAGAGAUAACAGCUUUCAUAAUGUGGCAGAAGCUGCUUUUACACUCAAACUGAUUCAAUCACUGAUUGCAAGUGGAAUAGCGGGCUCUAUGAUUGGGGUGAUAACAUUAUACAAAUCCCAGAUGUACAAGCUUUGUCAUUUACUCAGUGCUACGGACUUUGACCAUCCUGAUAUUAAAGCUGUGCAGGUAUCCACCGUAGAUGCUUUUCAGGGAGCUGAAAAGGAGAUCAUUAUUCUGUCCUGUGUAAGGACAAGACAAGUAGGAUUUAUUGAUUCAGAAAAAAGAAUGAAUGUUGCAUUGACCAGAGGAAGGAGGCAUUUAUUGAUCGUGGGAAAUUUAGCCUGUUUACGGAAAAAUCGACUCUGGGGACGUGUGAUCCAACACUGUGAAGGAAGGGAAGAUGGAUUACAACAUGCAAGCCAGUAUGAAUCACAGCUGAACCAUCUUCUUAAAGAUUAUUUUGAAAAACAAGCAGAAGAAAAACAGAAGAAAAAGAAUGAAAAAGAUAAAUCUAAAGAUAAAUCUCAUUCACAAAAAGACAUGGUAUAG